CCCGUCUAUUUCUACAAUUUAGAUUCUUCAAAUCAGAUUUGAAACCUAACCCUAACUUGAAAUUAAGACCCAAAAACGAAUGUUUGUUUGGAAAAAAAAAUACGAUACAGACAAUUUUGACUUUGUGGCUGUCUUAUCUAGUUGAAACCCUAGGACCCAGGAUGACUUGACGGCAGUCUACCUAUCAAACAUGGCUGAGCAAAACAAAACAUCAGCUGAAGUCGAAUUCGGCAAUGAAUUACUAAGCCCAUCUGAGCUUUUCGAAGCCCGCACGCGCAGCCACAAGAUCCCGGUGCGCGGGCAGAAGGAUUUCAUUCCCACUGGGUCGGAUCGCCAAAGGAAUAGGCUUCAGCAGAGUUUGGACGAGCACUGGAAUCUAGUAUCUGAGGAUCGAGUGGAGAGGCUGGGGAACCUGGUGAAGGCUGUGUGGAUUCCCAGUGACAGGAUAGUGGAGCUGCAGUCACCAGCGGGGAAGUUUUGGCAGACUAUGGGGUUUUCUGCCAAUGGUAAGCAAUGUCUACAUCCAGAAGAGGCGCUCUAUCUAAUGGAGUGUGGAAACCUGCAAGUGUUCUACCAAGACCUGCCACUGUCCAUCCAAGAGGGCUAUGAGAGAUUUCUAUACUCAAAGACAAUGAGUAUACAGCAUUACCAGGUUUUUGGCCAUUUGAAGCGACUUGGCUAUGUGGUGAACAGAUUUGAUCCCAGUUCUGUGCCAUCGCAGUAUGAGAGGCAGUUGAACCUGCCCGAUUCCCGAGACAGAUCAGGAAGACUUCCGAAGAGGAAACGCAGCCACAGCCCCACCCCCAGGCACACAGGAACACAGGAGGGCCCCACUUCUAAGAGAAUGGAGGAGAAAGACUGCAACAUAGAGGAAGAGGACAAGAAUCAUGAUCUCACAGCCCCAGACAUUGAUGAAAUCCUGACAGCAUCACACGUUGACCCCACCACCUCAACCGAGGGUGGCCAGGGCAGGAGCUGGUGGUCAAAGGAAGGCUCCCCAGACCCUGACCCUGAGCUGCCAGGUCAGCUCCAGAGCUCUGGCUCCCCACGCUGGGACUUCAGCUCCAUCCCCUUCCCAGACCUGGGCUCUAGACGCUGGCUCCCCAGCAGCCUGACCUCCCCAGACCCCUGCCUGCUGCCCGGGGCUGUGGGGUCAGUGGGGGCUUGCGAUGUGGCCCCCUGGCUGCAGAGGCUCAACCUGCGGGAGGUGAGAAUGUCCCGGCGGGAGAGGGAGAGGGAGCGGGACAGGGACCGGUACCGGAGGGACGUCAACCAGGACAGAGAGGUACGACGUUGCAGGAACUGGGCAGAGUACCGGGAGCUGCAGGAGAGAAGGAUUCAACGGAGCCGCAGAGAUAGGCCGGCACACCUGUGGGAGGGGCCGGUCACACCCCUACAUGACCCUGCACAGGUCUCUUCAACUGGUGAGCUGCUGGAUAAAAUCAAUGUGAUCAAAUCCACACGGCUGCUGGAGGGAGCAUCCAGUUUGAAAGGUUCAGAGGAGUGGAGGAUCCGUUUCAACAUUUACCAACCCGACACGGUCGCUGAAUUCAAGAAGAGCACUCCCGGAAAACCCUAUUCUCGCAUGUGUGUGUGCAGUUUCGAUGGUCCAGUGCCUGACUUGUGGACACUGAAAUUGCUGGCUUUCCAAAGUGGGGACAUCCCGGUCACCUAUGCAGUGGUGGACCACGGGGACAUCUCCUUCUACUCCUUCAAGGAUUUCCAGAUACCCACAGACAUGUCCUUCUGAGGGCCUGACCACAGCAAACAGUCACAGAGCCCUAGUUUAACUACUGUACCCUGCCAGGACUGACUGGGGUGGAUCUGAAACUCUGCAACUAAUGCCAAAGAAAUCACACUGCUUGAUGAUGUAGUAUGCCUUCCUCCUGUGUUGCAGACUUCUUUUAGUGGCAUAUGAUCGUCUGCAUCUGAUUGAAGGUAACCUACAUAGUCACCUCUCCAAACAAUGUCACCAUGUCUCAUACCAAGCAUGGUUUUGUAAAGACUGAAGAUUUUGAACCGAAUUGACUCGGUUUUCUUCUGCCUUUAUCUCAUCACCACCAUUUGGUUUCCUGGUAUUCAUAUACUGUGUCAGGAGUGGCUUCACUAGGUAUGCACUUAGUAUAGAUACGGUAUGUGUAGAUUAUUCGUAUAGCUCAGCCCUUUGUUUUUGUCUGCUAUCUGCCCAUGUUUGAGAUGUAUCGAGUCAGCUUUACUGACUGGCCUUUUGUUGUUGUAACCUCACGUUUAAGUUACCUGACUCCUGUUCUCUUGUUUUUGUUUCAAAUUGCUUGUAAAUGGUGGUCUGUAUCUGUAGAGUUUCUUCACUUUAUGAUUUUGUGGUUGAGUUAUUGUUGCAUCGUUCUCAUUGGUUUACUGUCCUUCCUAACAAAACCAAUCCCCCCCAAACCCAAGUAGUGCCUACCAUACACUUCUGCCCAUGACAUAAAGAAAAUAACCUUUAUUCUACUUUUAUGACAUUCUGUCUGCAAUCUAUGGGUCUAGUAAGCCUCUCUGUAAUAAUGUUUUCUUUCAAUUUCCUUUGGGUGGCGUAAUCUGAAAAUGUAAAGCACAUACUCUUCUCUCAUAUCAGUCCACAAACUCAGUGGUGGUAAAACAUUCAGUUGAGGUUACUGACCACAACCUGCUCCUCUCAGCUCUAGCUUACCAGCAAACCCUGUCCAUCUGUGACGUGCAGUACAAUAAUAAACUGGAUCUCCACCCUU